AUGAGACUGUAGGUAGGUGAAACACACAGUUUAAAAUGAAGAGCAUGUUCCAAAGUGGCAAGGAAGAGAGCAAAUUGUGGCAUAAGAGACCAAAAGAAAAAAAAAAAAGAAAAAGAAAGAAAGAAAAAAAGAAAGGAAAAAGAACAAAAAAAAAAAAAAAAGAAAAAAAAUCAUUUGUCUCAACAGCACGUGGAUUUAUGAGUAAUGUGAGAAUUUGUUUAAAAGGCAAAAAAAAGUACUCAGUUCUUUUAAUGGGGGUGGAGGAGUAACUGAGCUACUACUGUUUUAAUUUUAAAGACAGAUAUUUGAGGAAGUAGACUGCAGCAGUUGUUUCAUGUUUAAUUAUUUCUCAAGUUGCCGUUCAGCUGAAGAGAAAACAGAUAAAGUAGUAUUACUGCUGUUGUCUUGAUUUUCUCCAACGACAAAUCUUUCAGCUGUGGAAGCACACAGAAAAAUGGUACCUCAUGCAGACACAUCAAAUGCACUGCCAUUUGUCUUGCUCUUCUUAUUUCCACUGCUGCUGUCAGGAGCUUGGUUUCCUAAAAGUUUACCCUGCGAUGUAGAAGCCUCUGAAGGUACAGUGAGAGUGGACUGCAGCGAUCGUCGCCUCACAGAAGUCCCCAGAGGGAUCCCUGCAAAUGCUACAAACCUGACCCUGACUAUUAAUCAUAUCCCCCAUAUCCAUCCAACAUCUUUUGCUUAUCUUGAAAGGCUGGUGGAGAUUGACUUCAGAUGCAACUGCGUGCCUGUUAGACUGGGGCCCAAAGAUCAUGUGUGCACCAGGACACCAACAAUUGAGAAUGGCAGUUUUGCUGCUCUGACAAGGUUGAAGUCAUUAUACUUGGAUGCAAAUCAGUUGUCGGAAAUACCCCGAGGUCUUCCUACUACUUUAAGUCUGCUAAGUCUGGAAGCAAACAGUAUCUAUUCUAUCAAAAAAGCUAAUUUCUCAGAACUAAGAAACAUAGAAAUAUUGUAUCUGGGUCAGAACUGUUAUUACCGUAACCCAUGCAAUGUUUCAUUUGAAAUUGAACAAACAGCCUUUCUGGAUCUGAAAAAUUUGACAGUACUCUCCCUGAAGUCUAACAACUUAACUCAAAUUCCACCCAACUUGUCCUCUACUUUAAAGGAAUUGUAUAUUUACAACAACAUAAUUCAAGAGGUUCAGGAAAACGAUUUAAGUGCCCUUCACAACCUAGAAAUUCUUGAUCUCAGUGGUAACUGCCCACGUUGCUAUAAUGCCCCAUAUCCUUGUAUUCCCUGCCCCAAUAUCACACUUAAGAUACAUUCAAAGGCUUUUUACUCCUUGAAAAAAUUAAGAAUUUUGAGACUUCACAGUAACUCUCUUCAGAGUAUACCCAGCAGCUGGUUUAAAAACACCAGAAAUCUCAAAGAGCUUGACCUCUCCCAAAAUUUCCUCAUGAAGGAGAUUGGAGAUGCUCAGUUUUUGAAGUUUGUCCCCAGACUUGUAGAGCUGGAUCUGUCCUUUAAUUUUGAACUGCAGAUGUAUUCUCCGUCCUUGAACCUGUCUAAGACAUUUUCUACCCUCUCAAAUCUGGAAAUCCUGAGGAUCAGGGGUUAUGUCUUUAAAGAACUGAAAAAAGAAAAUCUAUUUCCAUUGCUCAAGCUUAGAAAUCUAACAGUGUUGGAUCUUGGGACUAAUUUUAUUAAAGUUGCUGACCUAACAGUGUUCAAGAAAUUCCAGGCUCUUAAAGUCAUAGAUCUGUCAGUGAAUAAAAUUUCUCCUUCUUCAAGUGAAAGCAACUCCUAUGGAAUUUGCUCUAAUCCCAGGAUUUCAGUAGAGCAACGCAACAGGCAAGUUUUACAAGAGAUGCAUUAUUUCAGGUAUGAUGAGUAUGGCCGAAGUUGCAAGUCCAAAGACAAAGAGGCUAAUUCCUACCGACCUUCAGUUAAUAGGGAUUGUCUGGGUUAUGGAAAAACUCUGGAUUUAAGCAGAAACAACAUAUUUUUUAUUAGCCCCUCAGACUUCCAAGAUCUUGAUUUCCUCAGAUGCCUCAACUUGUCAGGUAAUGCAAUAAGUCAAACUUUAAAUGGAAGUGAAUUCCGCUACCUAUCUGGAUUGAAAUAUCUGGAUUUUUCUAACAACAGGAUUGACUUGCUAUACUCGACUGCUUUCGAAGAGCUGAAAUUUUUAGAAAUUCUAGACCUAAGCAACAACAAACAUUAUUUUCUGGCAGAAGGUGUUACUCAUGUUCUUAGUUUCAUGAAAAACUUGGCCUAUCUGAAAAAGUUGAUGAUGAAUGAGAAUGAGAUUUCUACCUCUAUUAGCACAGGAAUGGAAAGCCAAUCUCUUAAAAUUUUAGAAUUCAGAGGAAAUCGUUUAGAUGUUUUAUGGAUGGAUGGGAAUGCUAGAUACCUGUCAUUCUUCAAGAAUCUGACCAACUUGGAACAACUGGAUAUUUCCUUUAACUCACUCAAUUUUUUCCCUUCUGGUGUUUUUGAAGCUAUGCCUCCAGAACUCAAGAUACUCAACUUAACCAAUAACCGGUUGAAGACUUUCAAGUGGGGAAAACUCUACUUGCUGAAGAAACUAACAACUUUGGACCUCAGCAACAACCUUCUGACUGCAGUUCCCCAAGAACUGUCCAAUUGCACUUCCACACUCCAAGAACUGAUUCUCCGAAACAAUCACAUUCAACGGCUAACCAAAUAUUUUCUCAGAGGUGCAAUUGGACUGAAAUACUUGGAUCUCAGUUCAAACAAGAUCCAAAUAAUUAAGAAAUCUAGCUUCCCUGAAAAUGUCAUUAACAACCUGAAGAUGCUGCUUUUGCAUGGCAAUCCUUUCAAGUGCAAUUGUGAUGCAGUGUGGUUUGUUUGGUGGAUCAACCAGACUCAAGUGACUAUUCCUCUUCUGGCCACAGAUGUGACGUGUGCUGGCCCAGGGGCACAUAAAGGAAGGAGUCUGGUUUUCCUGGAUCUGUAUACUUGCGAGUUGGACACCUCCUAUUUGAUCAUGUAUGCAUUAUCAGCUUCAGCCGUCCUAGGUUUUAUGGUGUUUGCUGUUAUGAGCCACCUAUAUUUCUGGGAUGUGUGGUAUAGUUAUCAUUACUGCACUGCGAAGUUGAAGGGCUAUAGACGUUUACCUUUACCAGAUGCUUGCUAUGAUGCUUUUAUUGCAUUUGACAAUACAGAUCGAGCUGUGAACGAGUGGGUGAUGACAGAAUUGGUUGAAAAGCUGGAAGAUCAAAAAACCAGAAAGUUCAAUUUAUGCCUGGAAGAAAGGGACUGGCUUCCAGGACAGCCAGUCUUUGACAACCUUUCCCAGAGCAUUCAACUGAGCAAAAAGACCAUAUUUGUGCUAACCAACAAAUAUAUUAAAAGUGGCAGCUUCAAGACAACAUUUUACAUGGCCCACCAGCGACUUCUAGAUGAAAAGAUUGAUGUGAUUAUCUUGAUAUUUCUUGAGAAGGUACUGCAGAAGUCCCGGUAUGUUAGGCUGAGGAAAAGGCUAUGCAGAAAUUCUGUCCUGGAGUGGCCGACUAAUCCUCGAUCGCAGCCCUACUUCUGGCAGACUCUGAAAAAUGCCAUAGCUACAUGCAAUACCCUGGCUUACAACAACCUUCUUCAGGAAACUGUUUAGAUCUACCAUUCACCGUGGAACAUUGUUACUAUACACGGUGAGGAAAAGAAAGAUACUGAACUUGAUAUGGAGAACGUGUAAGUUUGCUGUGACAGGAUUCAAUAUAAACUAUUGCUAGCAAAUUUUUAGCUGACACACACCUUGCCUGGCAUUUGUUACUGUACAGUGAGAGAACAUGCGCUCCCCACUGAAAGUCCCUGGUUUAGAAUAGAAUGGCCACUUCCAGCUUUCAAUUCACUGGAGGCUUCCAGCAUCUCCUGUGGUUGGGUCAAGUGUGUGUGAGACACUUGUUCAACUUACUCUAGACACAGGAUGCCAGGAGGAGUUGGGCCAUGCCCAAAGUUGCUGUUAUUUGGAUCACUGUUGGAGUAAAUGUGAUUUUAUUAGAAAAUUAUAGUUAGUGUAUUUGUAUAUAUUUAUGGAAAACAGGGACAGCAUUUACUGACACAUUCUUCUCAGAAAGUACCUUAAGCAAAUUUCACACUUAGGAGUCAGGAAAAUGUAAGCACAAUUAACUUUUCAACUCAGGCUUCCAGCAGCUGAGUCUACCACUUCUGUCUGAGUGGGCAACAGCCCUAAUCACUGGGGGAAUGAUGUGCUGGUGGGAAUGCUGCCAAGGGCUUGGGUGUGGGAUGGGAGCUCUCCUGCUAUUGGAUUGUCCAAAAGGUCAUGAAUCUGAAGAAGCAUUGGAGAACUCGCACGGGCUAAAAUAAGAAGGUAUGAGAGAAACAAGUUCAGAAGGGCUUGCAGGCAGUGGGUUGGAAAGAAUUUGGAAAGGGAAUCCCUUUGCUUGGAGCUGCUGCAUGGGAGUGAGGAGGGGGAGCAGGACAGCAGGUAGGCUGAGGGAAACCUUUGAAAAUGGCAGAUGGAGAAAACUGUGGAAAACAAAGCAGAUGAGAUAAAGAAAGUAGGGAAAAAGAAGUGGGAAAGAAUAGAGAAAAACAGUAGCUAAAUUAUGGCAUGAUAGAAGUAAAGAAGGAUUUACUGAUAAUUUCCAAGCAAUCUGUUCACUUUCCCUUUCAUCUGCUUCCUUGGCUGCUGUUUGAGUUGGCUGCUCCCUGAGAUCUCAAGGCUUCUGUCCAGUGAUGUGUGGUUGGCUUUAGGAGCUCAGCUUCACCAUUUCCACCCAGGUCCUGUGUCACAACCCCUUGUGUAUUGACAGGGAGACUGUCAGCAGGUCCAGACAGAGAUGGGAUCUGGGGCCACACUAAACUGUCAGAAUCACUUACCUCUGCCUGCCCAGACCUUCUCCAGAGAAAAACACCAUCAAAAUACAAAACAUGUAAGAUCAAGUCAUACAAGGAGAGAAACCAUCUGACUAUUUCUUUAGCCAUACCAUGAUUGCUUCAGAGCAUUUUCAAGCCCUCCUUUCAUUCUUGUUCCCCAGGCAGAUCUCUACCACAUUGACAGUUUAAAACCUAAUCUGGGAAUAGGCCUGAUUUUAGAGAUAACCUGAAGAAGAGAACAAAUUCUGCUUAGAAAAAUAAAGGCUUGGGCCUCUUCCUCACUCUGGUUUAUGGAGCAUCCUCAUAAAACGUGUCAGUUUUUCAGCUGAAGUCUUUAAAAAGGCAUCAUUAACCUUCGUGUGUUGCUCAGAUAGUUUUGGGAGAAGCAGUGUGCUCUCACCUUGCACUUCUGUCUGCAGUACAGUCUGGGCAGCUUCUCUCCUCUCUUUUAAAGCUUUCUUCUCCUAUGGUUACUGGUCUGUCCCAGGGGGAGCAGAUGCUCUUUAUUGAUUUGAAUCUGUUUAUCUCAGCUGCCUCCUGCAUUUCCACACUGACAUUUCUGCCUGGUCCUUUCUUCAAACAAUACAUUUUUGUUUUAGUUCUAGGCAUCCAGGCAGACAAGAGCACAAACACAAACAAGAAAACCAACCUUGACAUAAUAUUAGAGAUAAGAAGAGUGUUAUUUUUUGCCUCAGUUUGUAGCAAGCAGUUUUAUUGAUGAACAAGUGAAACAGGAGAAAGAGGAGGACCUCAGUGGCAAAGUGGGUGUUUUAUAGCUAUAUUUUAAAGAAUGCCUUUUAACGGUUAUGUUUGUAAGCCUAAACAAUCUGUGUCUGUAAAUAUAAUACCAUGAGCUGUAAUGCAACUCUCUUCACAAGGUAAUGCUGAAAUAGGAA